UUCAUAAACAUAUACUAUACAAGCUUCUCCAAAAUGAUGACGUUCAACCCACCAUCUUUUUUACGCAAGCUCUAGCUCCUCCGAAUGAAAAAGAGAAAAUUCCAAGUUGUUCAAGGAGUAGAGCGCGAUGGAAUUUCCUGCUAGAAGCUAGCAAAAUUAAUUACGGCCAUGGUUUCUGCAACACGAGCUUGUCGGCCUUUGAAUCGACUUACUGCGAUUUUACGACAGCCGAGUCUUCAAAGCCGCUGGCCACUACCAACAGCAAAUACCCUCCGUACUACAACGAGCCACAGAGUUUUCCCGUACACGACAUCGCAGUUCCACACAACCGCAUCGCGCCGUGCAGAUGAGGAGCCGUCCCGUGCCGACCUUUCAGACCUAGAUGUGCUAGGCAAUACACCCGUGCCCUCCACUUCCGUAGACGUCUGCACGUCGAACGGCUUCCACCUCAACAGCGGCGCAAGAGUCACCGACGGCUCCGGCGUCCUCUUAAUUAACGGCGAAGCCUUCACAUGGCGCCCGUGGGCACCUCGCGGCGAGAAACGACUGCUGAAUAAGAAGGGGCAAUGGGAGGUGCCGAAUGAAACCUUCGGAUUGUUUGGAUUGCUGUGGCCCCGACCAGAUUUAUUAAUACUGGGCCUCGGCCCGGAUAUCCGCCCCAUGAGUCCGGAACUGAGGAGGCAUAUUAGCAGCUUGGGCAUGAGGGUAGAGAUUUUAGACACGCGGAAUGCGGCUGCGCAGUACAACUUGCUGGCUACGGAGAGAGGGGUUAAGGAUGUCGCGGCUGCGUUGAUACCCAUUGGCUGGAGAGAGGGCGUGGGCGCUGCUUGAGCGGUGUAUAUGGUCGUUCACCAUAAUUGUCACACCUAUACGGUUCACUUAGACAUAGAGGUGAGAGCACACAUAAAGAAUUAUGCGGUUAGCAGUAUCAUCACUUCAUAUGAUGAUCUUAUUCUAUUACUAGUUAUAGGUUGGACCGGUGCUUUAGUCUCAUCCUAGGCUAUAGCAUUGCCCGUGUCUAAGGGAUACGUAAAGGUGAAAGUCUAGCUAGCAGAGACUACAUAUGUACCCAGACAGGAGGUUGAGGCAAGAAUGUACUAUAUUAGACCAUGGGGCAUGUAUAUUAUACGAAAACUCAAAUGCGACUCGGAUGUACGCGUUAGCACGACUUGAGUCGGGAGACAGGUUUAAGUAAAUCGUCAACGCUGUUGCUUCUCGAUACACUUAGAAAACCCAAUAAUUACUGUACAACCAACCAUAUUCUAUUUGAAUAUGAAUAUUAAGAAAACUCAUAUGGAAUUUUGUUAAUUGUACCAUUAUUUUGUGUGAAGAUGAUUCAGACGAAUAGCUCGUCGCCGUCUUGACGAAAAAGUCGGGGAGUACUAAAAAUUUUAAGCUUGAGUCAUUUAAUAUUCUAGAAGAGCACAGCUUUCAAAUCUAAUCCAC